AUGCUCGGCUUCAUCCUUGGUCUCGUGCUCGCCGCUGUGCCGUCGGUGUUGAGCCAGUUCUUCAACCCAAAGUCCGGGGCUAUAUUCACAAUCGGAGGCCAGAUAAGCGUCUCCUACAAAACCAGCCUUGAGGCGUAUAAUAUUGCCCUCUGGCAGCAGGUUCCCGAUGGUGGUGCCGCCAUAUUGGGACCUGUCAUCUUGAACGUAACCAAUGGUCCGGCAUCUAGUUUCGACUGGACAAUCGCUGUGGACAACUUGGACUUGACCUACUCCAAGCGCUUCUUCCUUUGGCUGUUUCCAAAUGCCUAUGCCCAGGGAAACCAAUCUGCUCCGGGCUCGAUGAGUUCCGGCUACUUUACCAUCGUCGACAAAACCCCCGGCCCAGCAAGUACCUCGUCAAGCUUGACAACAUUGUCCACUACAACCACGGCAUCCUCUUCAAGCACAGCUGCCACGAUGGGUACUCCUACUUCUGGCCCAGAUUCUCAACAACCCAAAACAUCUGAUGGCGGCCUAACUACGGGGGCCAAGGCAGGCAUAGGAGUUGGAAUCGGAGUCGGUGCGCUGGCUAUCAUUGCCUCGGGCGCCUUGUUCUUGCGAUACAGAUCGAAGAAGGACGCCGAGAUCCGAGAAUUGCGGCACGAAAUGCAGAACAAAUCAUUCGCUAUGCAAUCUUCCGCAUACCGGCCUGCGGAACUCAUGCACCAACCACGUCCUGUUGAAUUGGGCUGA